UUAAAGUGACUGCUAAGUACAGUCAAGACCGAUUAUUAUUAGACACUUUGAUGAACAUGUUCUAACAUGCAGUCAGGCUUUUUUUUUAUUUUGAUGUUUCAAAAUGACAGAAGCCUUGAAUGUGUUUUGUGCAAUGAGGGAUAUUUCUUUCUAUGAAGAAGUUAAAAUAGCUUGGAAGCAAAUUAUGUUUCAUUUAACAACAACCACAUUAUAUGUAAACACAGAAGUUUGCAUUAAGCACUAGGCAUUUAAUAAACAAGUGAUUUGUACCAGCAGUAUUCACUACAGCAGUCAGCAGAACAUCACAUGGAACCAUGAAGAGUAUAUUCUGCUCGUGGAAGGUUCAGUAAGGAAAAACACAACAUGAGAAGCAGUUUUCUUCUUUUUACCAACAAUGCAUCUAUUCAGUACAUCACAUGAGGCCUCAUUUCAUCAUUAUUAUACAUUAAUUUUAUUCACUUGCCAUUUACUCCACUGUAUAUUAGCACAACAGAGUCAUUGCAAUGGAACAGAUACAUUUGUAAAAGUGUCUGGAUACAGUCCAGGUCGAGAGUAUUUACUUCCAUUAUAUGCAAGCCAAGGGCAUGCUAUAACCAGGGAAUGCUAUAGACGGUGCAAGAACUCUACAGACUGUGCAGGGUUUUUGGUGGAUUAUGCAUCUUACACCUGCUAUCGUGUAUCCAGUUCCUAUGGAACAACAACAACAACAACAACUGCCAGUAGUGUCUAUGGGUAUCAUUACGGCCCAACCAUGGGUGAAACCAAUUACUUUGAACGGAUAUGCUUGCCCAGAGUGCCUUCAAAAUGCAAUUCAAGGGGGUGGAUUUUUGAGAGAGCUUCAAACUAUGAAGUGGUUGGAUUUGACAUUGUGACAUACAUAACUGACACCAGGGAACAGUGCAUGAUGCAGUGUCUGCGAGAGGCACGUUUUGUAUGUCGUUCAGCCGAGUUCAUGUAUGCUGCAAAAAGGUGUGUUCUCAGUAAUCAGGACAGAAGAACCAGAAGUGACUCAUACAGAGCAACACCUUGGGGCGUGGAAUACUUGGAGAAUCAGUGCAUUGAUCUUUCUCCUUCUAGUCAGACAUGUUCUUUUGAAGAGCAUCCAAACAGAACAAUCAGUUACAGAGACUUGGAGUUUACAAAUUUGAAUCAAGAUAUGUGCCAUGACAAGUGUGUGAAUGAAACAAACUUCAUCUGUCGAAGCCUGACAUAUGUGCCAGACACAGCUAGUGGGACUGGUGUUUCUGUCUGCUGGCUUCAUAGUGAUGAUACUACAAGUGUGGGACCACGUUCACUGAAACCUUUUCUAGGAGCUAUGUACAUGGAGAGAGCACCUUGUCUGGAUUUGAUGGUUAUAUGUUCUGAACAAUAUAUAAAUGUCACACUACGGACAGUAGAACCAUUCAAGGGGCGGAUAUAUGUUGUUGGGCAUUCAGAGUCAUGUGACAGUGAAGGAAAUGGAGCAUACACAACGACAUUAAGAAUACCUUUGUCUGGCACUAAAUCAUCAAACCAAUGUGGGAUUGUGAUUAUCAAAUCAGUUGGUGAAACAAAUCAGACCCUGAUAUCAACAGUAAUUGUGAUACAACAUAAUCCUAUUAUUCAGCGACAAGGUGACCGUUCAGUGAAGAUCGGAUGCUUAUUGAAUGCUAAUCUUUCUCAGAAUUUGACAGUAAAUGCAAGCCUUGUUGUGACGGGACCAGACAACCAGGCAGGAGGAGGUACUGUUGUUCUCAACACAACAUCAGUUGUACCAACUGUGCAUAUCCAUAUCAUUGACCGCAGUACAGGAAAUGCUAACAUCAGAGAGGCACAACUGGGCCAAGAACUCGAAUUUAGGAUUGAUGUAGAGCCUGACAAUGGUCCAUUUGAUAUCAUGGCAGGACAUUUAGUGGCAACUAAUGAAGAUGGAAGUGAAUCAAUUCUUCUGCUGAAUGACAGAGGCUGCCCUCCUGACCCUCUCACCUUUCCAGCUUUCACCAAGGCUGGCCCAAAUUCUAAGUCUCUAAUUGCAAACUUUCGAGCAUUCAAAUUUCCUCGUUCACUUAUUGUUCGCUUCAGUGUCAUGGUGCAGUUCUGUCCAGGAAUGUGCCCCUCAACAGAUUGUGGGAAUGGAAUUAUUUCAUAUGGUCGACGUAGAAGAGAAGCCAUUACCAGUGCCACACUGUAUGAAGAAAUGCCUUUGGAAAUGUCACUUAAAGUGUACAGUCCACAGUUGAUUCCAAGUUCUCUUUUAUCAGCAUCAGAAACAAAUGGAAAGAUUUUAGUUGGUGUUGAAGAUACAUCAGGCUCAGUCUGUAUUUAUUUUGGCGCUAUUAUUGGUCUUGUAAUUGCAUGGCUCCUUCUGCAGUUCAUAAUACUGAUUGGCUGCUAUUUUGUGGUUCGAGAACGAUACAAGCAGAAGAGAGAUGAUGACAGUAAUAGUAUGCAACACAAAUUGCAAGAUGACUUCAAUGGUUUUGAUAACAGUCGACAUGUCCACUGGGCUGAUGAAGGAAACUAAGAUUGGUUUGUGAUUUACUGAACUGAGAUUGUGUUAAAAUAAAUUAAUGUAUAGAAAAUAUUGUACAUAACUUAAUUUACAAUAUAUUCUUUAUAAUAAUUUGUUAGUUUGCAGGCUUAUAAUAAUUAAUAAUGAAAAAGUCAAAUUUCUUUUUUUCAAUACUCACCACCUAAACAUUAUAUAAAUGAUAUCUCGCCAUACCAUGUGGCUUGUCAAGAGACUAGUGACAGAAUUUCGUUAUCUUAAUCCUUCCUUCUUUUUCCCAGAAACAUUUCUUGUGAAGUGGUGUGAAAUUUUGUGUUAUGUAUAAGCACCAUUGCUGGUUAUUAUUCCUUCAUAUUUUCACUGUUUCUCAUGUCCUAUUUAUGAUUCAACUUUGUGGUUCAGUGGCGAAAAUCCGAAAAUUUGGUUCUCGAGCAUAUAUAUAAUGCUUGUAGUGCCAUGAAGAACAUAGAAGAUAAUGAAGUAAGCAACCAUAUUAAUUUAUGAUCCACUUAUUAUUUACAGCCUCUCAUUGUAUGACACUGUAUAUCCGUAUAGUAGACAUGAACCAUGUGGGUGUAGCUAUUAAGAUCAGUAUCCCAAUCAUUGAUACUGAGCUGGACAUGAUGGAUUGCACUUGCAGUGCUGCUAAAGAAUGUACACUGUACCUGUAGAAUGAUGUUUGAGAGUCCUCAUCCAUGGAUGUUUGUCAGAUUGGUGUUCCCACUACUUUUCUACUUCAGUUGCAGCUGACAAGUCUUCGAUUACAAAUGAACAAUGAGGUGUUCUAUUUUUUGCUUGCUUUCAGUAUGAAUACCAUUGGUCAGUUGAAUGAUCCUGUUCUUCAGAAAUCCUGAAGCUUCCACUUCAUGUACAAGAGAUUUAAAUUAAUUAUGCUUUCUGUCAACUUCAGCAUUACUUUU